AUGCAGUACCAGCUGCGCCAGUACGCCGAGUCGACGCUGGGCAAGGGCUCCCUGAAGGAGGCGGUGAUAAAGCCCGAGGGCGAGGACCUGAACGAAUGGAUAGCCUGCCAUAUUGUGGACUUUUACAACCACGUGAACAUGCUGUACAUGGCGGUCUCGCACCACUGCACCGACGAGACGUGCCCGAAGAUGAGCGCUGGCGAAAAGUACACGUACCUGUGGAAGGACAACGGCCAGUACCGCGAGUCCUCGCAGGUCCCGGCGCAGCUGUAUGUCAAGCUGCUGAUGCAGUGGGUUGAUGCGCAGCUGGACGACCCGCGGCUGUUCCCGGUCGAGCUGGGCCAGCCCUUCCCACAUAACUUCCAGUCCGAGGUCGCCCCCAAUAUCAUGAAGCGCAUGCUGCGCGUCUACGCCCACUUGUACUGGCACCACUACCCGCAGAUGCGCCAGGUUGGCCUUGCCACCAUGAUGAACACGUCCUUCAACCACUUUAUUCUGUUUGUCACAAAAUACGACCUGGUCAAGAGCGAAGAGCUGCAGCCCGUCAAGGACGUCAUCAAAAACCUGGCCUGA